AUGGCGCCCCGAAUGUCCCGAUCACUCGCGUCCGCGGCUCCCGAUCCCCAGGCACACGAACCUACCGAUGACGGAAUGAGCCUCGAUGUGCCUGAACAACUUUUGACACCCGAAAACAGUCGCUCGGAGACAUCGAGCAACAAUGAGAACGCGUUGACCGACGAAAAACCCGCUGGACGGCGUAGGUCAACACGGGUUGCACGCGCAUCUUUACGGGCUGGUGAGCCACUCGACGACACACCCGAGAUGGAGGAACCCGCAGCUUCGUCUAGCGAGGCUUAUGUCGACAGCCUUGCCAAGGCGAAACGAUCCCACUCCUCACUCCGCCACAGUAUCGCAGUAAUGGAAAACUCCUUGUGGAGUGCUACGCCUACCGACGAAAAUGCCGCGGUCGAUGACCAUGAAAUGGCCCCCGAUACCCCGGUAUCAAAGUCUUCACAAGACAUCCAAUCUGAGGAUAUGAACACAUCACUUCAACAACGAACUUUGAGAAACCGGGUGGAGAAGGCAUUGACUCAGGAUGAAAAGAAGAACGCGGCUAAGCCUGCUCCGCCUCGAACCAGUUCUCGUAAAUCUCUUCGGCGAUCAGGUCGCAUAGGUCUUCUGGACAAGGCCACUGAUAUUGUCGAAAGGGCCAGCAGUAUUCUAGGGAAGCGCACAAGAGGCUUGGUUGACAAGGAUCUCGGCCGGCGUUCUAGUUUGCGACCUCGCAACAUCGCCCCUUCGACAGAGACGACUAACGAGCCGACAUCAAAGAAACGCCGAGUCUCGGAGAGUGAUCUUUCCAAAAUUAAGGAUCAAGACUCCGAACCAGAGGAAACACCAGCACCAGCUUCGCCACGGCCCAAGCGUAAGAUCUGGCUCUCUCAAGGGCUUUAUACAGGCCAGCAACCCUCAGACUCGCCGCCUAAACAGCGCCGCAGUAAGAAUUCAAAGAAAACCGGAACCGGUCCAAUGCAGCGUACGAUUCUUCCUAUGCCAAUGUUCAAGGGUUCACGGCUUUUGAAGAAUGGUCGAGAUUUCCAGCUACCAUUCGACAUCUUCUCGCCCCUUCCUCCUGGUCAACCUAAGCCAGACGAGUGGCGUAAGACCAACAAGAAUGUUUUUGUUGGUGAUGCAGGAAGUUUCUGGAAAGCAAACAAAAACCUUGAGCUGUCACUUUGCAUGUGUACCGAAGAUACUGGGUGCGAUGAAAACUGCCAGAAUCGCUACAUGUUCUACGAGUGUGACAAUGGGAAUUGCAGGCUUGGUCCUGAGUGCGGGAACCGAAACUUCGAGGGGCUCAAGCACAGAACCAAGGCUGGAGGCAAGUAUAAUAUCGGUGUUGAAGUCAUCAAGACGGCAGAUCGUGGAUAUGGCGUUCGCAGCAAUCGCUCUUUCGACCCCAACCAAAUUAUUGUGGAGUACACCGGAGAGAUCCUCACCCAACUGGAGUGUGAGAAGAGGAUGAGAACGGUCUACAAGAACAACGAUUGCUAUUAUCUCAUGUACUUUGAUCAGAACAUGAUCAUUGAUGCUACGCGCGGGUCGAUUGCUCGCUUUGUUAACCACGCUUGUGAGCCCAAUUGCCGUAUGGAAAAAUGGACAGUUGCUGGCAAGCCACGCAUGGCUCUUUUCGCGGGGGACCGCGGAGUCUCAACUGGGGAGGAACUGAGCUAUGAUUACAACUUCGACCCAUAUUCCAACAAGAAUGUGCAACAAUGCCGCUGUGGGUCGGCGAACUGCCGAGGAUUCCUUGGUCCGCGUCUCAAGGAUAAGCAGCAGCGUGCCAAAGAACUUGAAGACAAACGCAAGGCCGAGGGAAGCCCCAAGAAGGCUGCUGCCAAGAAGGUCGUUGGAAAAAAGCGAAAGGCCGGGGAAGAGUCUGAUGAUUCUGAUGACUCUAGUUCUGAUUCCGACUCAGACUCCGAUGUGCCCGCCCCAACCAAAAGGCGCAAGACGAUUACAACCAAAUCAAUCAAGGCUGGAGUGAAAAAGGUCGUUGCAACUGUUCGUGGCAAGAAGACUACAAAGAAAACGACUACUAGUAAGGCUGCUGUCAAGCUGCCAGCGGUCAAGACCACAGGCCGAGUCAAGGCUGCUGUGCGAGCUCCUAAAGCAGCCAAGGAAACCAAGGCCACAAAGUCAACUAAGCCAAAUAAACUAACCAAGGCAGCGCCAGCUUCUCCUGCCAAAACGAAAUCUCAGCUGAAGCGACCAUCCGCCGAGACCAAGAAGAAAGUUCUCGCUGCUGCUUCCAAGGGCUCUGGGGUUUCUCCUCGGAAGCCUGCUGCACGCAAGGCCCCUAUUAAGAGUCCUGUCAAGCCCAAAAAGCCUGUUGCCAAGCCCAAAACCUCCGCCAAGGACAGCCUUGCUAAGGGCGUCAAGAGCGUUGCUCGGCGGUAUGUGAAGGCUGUCAAGGGAUCAAAGAAAUAA